AUGGUGCCCUCCCAGGAGGAGCCCGCCGCCGCGCGGGGGACAAGCGAGGCGCAGCCGCUCGGCUCCGCGCCUCCGGGGGCCGCUCCGCUGCCCGGCGCGGGACCCUUAGACGGCCCGGAGGCGGCGGCGGCCGAGAAGGUGGAAGUAGAGCUGGGUGGGUCGGUGGGCGCCGAGCCCCUUGAGCCCCCUGAGGGCGGCUGGGGUUGGCUGGUGAUGCUAGCAGCCAUGUGGUGCAACGGGUCGGUGUUCGGCAUCCAGAACGCCUGCGGGGUACUCUUCGUGUCCAUGCUGAAGACCUUCGGGUCCAAGGACGAUGGCAAGAUGGUCUUCAAGACAGCAUGGGUUAGUUCUCUCUCCAUGGGGAUGAUUUUCUUCUGCUGCCCGAUUGUCAGUGUCUUCACAGACAUAUUUGGUUGUCGGAAAACAGCUGUCGUGGGCGCUGCUGUUGGAUUUGUUGGACUCUUAUCAAGUUCUUUUGUAAGCUCCAUCGAGCCUCUGUACCUGACCUACGGGAUCAUAUUUGCCUGUGGCUGCUCCUUCGCCUACCAGCCUUCCUUGGUCAUUUUGGGACACUAUUUCAAGAAGCGCCUUGGACUGGUGAACGGCAUCGUCACCGCUGGCAGCAGCAUCUUCACGAUUUUGCUGCCUUUCCUUUUGAGGGUUCUGACCGACAGCGUGGGCCUCUUCCACACCCUCCGGGUCCUCUGCAUCUUCGUGUUUGUCCUCUUUCUGGCUGGCUUCACUUACCGACCUCUUGCUUCCAGUGCCAAAGAUAAAGACGGUACAACCAAAGGAGGCGACCGACUCUCCCUCUUUUCCAGGAGAAAGUUCAGUCCUCCAAAAAAAAUUUUCAAUUUUGCCAUCUUCAAGGUGACAGCGUACGCGGUGUGGGCCGUUGGAAUACCACUUGCACUUUUUGGGUACUUUGUGCCUUAUGUUCACUUGAUGAAACAUGUGAAUGAAAAGUUUCAGGAUGAGAAGAAUAAAGAGGUGGUUCUUAUGUGCAUCGGCAUCACUUCAGGAGUCGGACGGCUGCUCUUCGGCCGGAUCGCGGACUAUGUGCCUGGAGUGAAGAAAAUUUAUCUCCAGGUCCUGUCCUUUCUCUUCAUCGGUCUGAUGUCCAUGAUGAUCCCCCUGUGCAGAGUCUUUGGGGGCCUCAUUGCUGUCUGCCUCAUCAUGGGUCUCUUCGAUGGAUGCUUCAUUUCCAUUAUGGCCCCCAUUGCCUUUGAGUUGGUUGGUGCCCAGGACGUCUCCCAAGCAAUUGGAUUUCUGCUCGGAUUCAUGUCUAUACCCAUGACUGUGGGCCCACCCAUCGCAGGGUUACUCCGUGACAAGCUGGGCUCCUAUAAUGUGGCAUUCUACCUCGCUGGAAUCCCUCCCCUUAUUGGAGGUGCUGUCCUUUGUUUUAUCCCAUGGGUCCACAGUAAGAAGCAAAGAGAGGUCACUAAAACCACUGGAGGAGAAAAGAUGGAGAAAAUGCUGGCGAACCAGAACUCUCUGUCAAGCUCAUCUGCAAUCUUUAAGAAGGAAUCUGACUCUGUUAUUUAAUGUCUUAUAUACCUCCACCAGACUGGACUUGCUUUCAGAAACUGAUACAAGUUUUCCUUUUAUAUAUGAAUUGCAAAUUCGUUAUUUUUUUAAUCACAUCCUAGUAGCACAAUAAUUGGGAAGUAGAACCCUCAUUACUACAAGAACCAUUUGCUGGCAGUGAACAGCUAGCUGUCCGCUAUUUCCGUGAGUCUGAGGGCAGAGACUCAGACUCAGUUUUCAUGUACAGAA